AUGUCAUACACGGAGCAAUUAGACACUUUUGUGUCUAGGCUUAAUGAUAAUGCCGAUUACAAAACAGCUCAUGGUGUGCUCUCUGAAUUACUCGACAUGAUAGAAACGUUCAAUGGAGCGGCAGAAUAUGAAUACUUCUUGUCCAACUUAAUACCAAUAUUCAUAAAAUACUUGAAUGAAGUUCCAGUAUCGUUCAAGAGCCACUCACCUGAGCACAAGUUGAGGAAUUCAAUAUUGGAAAUUCUUCAUAGAUCAAUCAUGAACGAAACUUUCCAACCGUAUUCAGAGCAAAUUUUAGAUACAUUGCUUAAAACUCUAGUUCAGGAAAAUGAAGACAAUGGUGUUUUAUGUAUGAAGAUAGUGACAAGCUUACACAAAGCUUAUAAGAACAAUUUAUCUGCUAAAGUGACUCCAUUCAUUGAUAUUAUAAAUCAAAUUUACGACAAUAUGCCUCAGACUCUUAAGGAAAAUGUUAGCUUUAAUCCAAAUAACUCGUAUCAAGAGUCAGAGAGCAAGGAAAUGUCUCCGCCAUCUUUUUCUGACGAACCUUCAUCCAAAACAUUAAAUGGAGCGAUGCAUUCGUUCAAGACAUUAUCAGAAUGCCCCAUCACGAUGGUAUCAUUGUAUUCAUCGUAUAAAAAUCUUGUCCAGACUUCAUUACCGACGUUUUUACCAAGAAUUUUAAAUUUGUUGACUCUACAGGUUGACGAACAACGCGAGUAUAGAGCAGAAGCGGAAAAGGAAAACAAGGUAGUAACAUCGAUAUCCCCAAAAAUAAAGAACAGACAGGCUUUUAGUGACUUUGUUUUGGGUCAGGUAAAGGCGGCAUCGUUCUUAGCGUAUGUAUUCAUAAGAGGUUAUGCUAAUCAACACUUGUCACAGAAUCAGGCGAAAGUAGUGCCUGAUGUGAUAUUACGCCUUUUACAAGAUUGUCCGGCUGAAUUAUCAGUUGCAAGGAAGGAAUUACUACAUGCAACAAGACACAUAUUAUCUACUCCUUUUAGGAUGCAAUUUAUUCCCAAAAUUGAAUUGCUUUUUGAUGAAAAAAUAUUAAUAGGUGAUGGCUUAACUUCAUUUGAAACAUUGAGGCCAUUAGCAUACUCUACGGUUGCUGACUUUAUACAUAAUGUAAGAAAUGAGCUUACUCCGAAACAGAUAUGGUCAACCGUUCGAAUAUAUUGUGGCUUGCUUGAGGACGAUUCUCUUGCUUUAACUGUUCAGAUCAUGAGUGCUAAGCUUUUACUUAAUUUAGUAGAAAGGAUAAUGCGUUUACCUAAUAAAUUGGAAGGUCGACAAUUAUUCAUGAUAAUUAUUGCUUCAUAUGCAAAGCGUUUCAAGAGUUUAAAUAGAAAGUACUCUCAUAUUUUGAGAAAGCAUAAAGAGUACGAGGAGAAACGGAACCUAAAGGAAAUUGAAACUCAAGCAGCAAUUCAAAGGUAUUCCUCGAAAAAGACGGAGGCCAACAGUGAGGUUGUCGAAUCAAAAUUAAAGGAAGAUAGAGAUAUUGAGAUGGAAAAGGCUGACGACGAAAGUGAGACUGACAACAAGAAUGAGAUUUCAGGAAAUCAAGUCAUGGAAAAUAUGACAGACCCUUCAUCUAUCGAUGUAUUCGAUCUUGAAAUUUCUUUAAUCUCGCCAUCACCAUUUCCAAACAAUACUGACCUAUUAAAAGAUGCAAGAUACUUGUUUCGUACGUUAAUGACUUUCCUUAAGUCGGUGAUUUUCGGAUUGAAAAAUUGCAAUCCUCCAGUACCUCCACAACCGAAUCAAUCCGAUGCUAAAAACUCAGGACAAAUUGUGAAUUAUGACAAAUGGAAUGACUCUGCUAAAAUAAUCUCGUAUGAAGAAGUGAACAUAUUAAGACAACUUUUUAGAGGCGGAAUAAGUUGCUUGCGCUUUUUUUCUGCAGCUAAGCCUAAGCAAAACAUCCCUCAAUCGAAGGCAUUUGAUUUUUCGACAGGAGGGCCUAAUUUACCAAUUACCUCUUCGAAGGAAGAGAAAGAUCUUAUGGAAAUAUUAGCUACCAUAUUUAUCCAUAUCGAUCCUGCAUCGUUUAAUGAGAUUGUAAGCUUUGAACUUCCAUUUAUGUUUGAAUCAAUGCUUGAUAAUGCGGCGUUGCUUCAUUUACCUCAGUUCUUUCUUGCCAGUGAAGUUACUUCUGCUAACUUUUUAGGAAUCCUCAUAUCCUUUCUCAAAUCAAGGCUUGAUCAGCUUGGAAAGGUGGAAUUAGUGAAGUCUAAUAUCUUGAUAAGGCUAUUCAAGUUAUGUUUCAUGUCUGUAAAUUUAUUCCCAACUACGAAUGAAGGUGUUAUCUUACCCCAUUUGAAUUAUUUGAUAUUAGAAUCUUUAAAGUUAGCUACAAAAGCAGAGGAACCAAUUGUAUAUUCAUAUUUGAUCAGGAUUUUGUUUCGAAGUAUCAGUGGCGGCAGGUUCGAGAAUCUUUAUAAAGAAAUACUUCCAAUUCUACCAUUUCUAUUGGAGAGCUUAAAUAAGAUGAUAUCGAAUGCUCGGCGACCAUAUGAGCGUGACAUUUAUGUUGAAUUAUGCUUAACUGUACCUGUGAGAUUGUCAGUGCUUGUUCCACACUUAAAUUAUUUGACCCGACCUUUAGUGUAUGCUCUCAAUGGUUCACAAGAACUAGUUAGCCAAGGAUUACGGACUUUUGAGCUCUGUGUUGAUAACUUGACUGCAGAGUACUUCGACCCUAUGAUAGAACCAGUCAUUGAUGAAAUCAUGGCUGCACUAUGGAAGCAUUUAGAGCCGGUGCCAUAUCACCAUCAACAUUCACAUACUGCGAUUCGAAUUUUAGGAAAGCUCGGCGGGAGAAAUCACAAGCAUUUCAAGCCAUGCAGUAAGCUAAUAACAGAGUCACUGGUAAAUCAGGAGAUUCGUGCACUUUUCGAUAUUGAUGGUCUUGAUGGUCGGAUUCCUGUUUCAGUUACCCCAGGAAUAGAAUCGGCUAUAAAGUUAUUGGAGGACCCAAGGUUGAAGGUCCACUAUAGAAUGAGUGCUUUUAAGUAUCUAUCGAGCAUUUUGAAGUUGUUUAUUGAUACGACCCCCAUCCCAGAUAAUUAUUCAUCUUAUGUUUUUCAAUGUGUUUCUGAUUUGAAAUCAGAGAGUAUGGAAAUUGUGAAGCUAGAACCUUCGGACAUAAGAGAUGAAAACAAACUACAAAGGCAACAGCAGUUGUGUGGAAGACUACUUGAGGUUUUAUAUUUUUCGAUUUCCAUUCCUGAAAUUGCUGAAGAGGCUGGCAUAUUAAUAGAUGGCCUUACUCGCCACUUUAUAUUUCUUUACUUGGGCUCAUCUGUUAUCGAGAAGAUAAAAAAAGAACGUCCCUUUUCCGUAGACGACAAUGAAGGUAGGGCGUACAUUAGUGAAUCUAUAUUCCUUGAUGCAUUGAUGUAUGCGCUAAGUUUCUGGGAUAAGACUGUGCGAAACAAGGCUGUUGAAGUAAUCAAGAAUAUUUAUCAAAUAACGGCUACAAUUUUCGACUCAGAGGAUGAUGCUUUGAUAUCGCCCAUAUUUAGGUCUAUGUUCUAUAAGUUCACUCACUGUUGUUAUGAUGAGUACUAUCAUACAAAAUUGGGAGGUAUUAUAGGUCUUAAAACGAUGUUUGAAGAAUUGCACAUCCUUCCAAGCUGGUUUUUCAAGCGUCAAUUUGAACUAGUCCGAGCCAUAUUUUCAAUUUUAAGAGACACUCCUGAAACAGCUCCUUUUGAGGUAAGGCAGCUUGCAAAAGAACUCGUGUUAAAACUCUUGCAUGAUUGUAAUGUUGGUCUUGCUAAGGAAACAAUUUUAGAGAAACCAUUUCAAACUCUUGUGGGUGCUUUGGUUUAUGAUUUAGCCAGCGCAAGUCCUAUAGUGAGGGAGGUUGCCCAAGAAUCACUAAAAGUGCUCUCAGAUACUACUUCUGUGCCUAUUUCUACUAUUAUGGGUCCUUGUAAACAUCUCUUGUUGACACCAAUAUUUGGAAAACCUUUGAGAGCACUUCCUUUCUCAAUGCAAAUUGGUAAUAUUGAUGCAAUCACGUUUUGUUUGAAAUUAGAAGAUUCAUUUCUAACGUUUAAUGAGGAAUUGAACAGGCUUCUUCUAGAAGCAUUAGCACUAGUUGAUGCCGAAGAUGAAUCAUUAGCUAAUGUUCAUCGCCUUCACGAGUAUCGAACCUCAAAACAGUUAAUAGAGUUGCGGGUUGUGUGUAUUCGUCUACUCUCACUUGCACUCACAAAGCCAGACUUUUCCUUAGGGUCUUUAGCGGAAGCCAGAAUACGUAUCUUGGGUGUUUUUUUUAAAGCACUCUGCAACAGAUCUACAGAAAUAAUCUCGGCGGCUCACCUUGGAUUGAAAGCCAGCCUUCAAGAAAACGCUAAGUUACCCAAAGAACUCUUGCAAAAUGGACUUCGUCCAAUGCUAAUGAACUUAUCUGAUCAUAAGAAGUUGACAGUGUCAGGUCUCGAGGCGCUUGCUCGUCUUUUAGAACUAUUGAUUUCUUACUUCAGGGUAGAAAUUGGUAGAAAGCUUUUAGACCAUUUGAUGGCUUGGGCCCAAAUAAAUACCCUAAGACAGAUCGCUGGUCUGGAUUUAGAAAAUAAUCACACUGUGCAAAUUGUCAUUGCUAUUUUGAAUAUUUUUCAUCUAUUGCCAGCUAAGGCUUACACAUUUAUGGAAGAAAUCAUCAACACUUUACAGUACUUGGAGGGCCACCUUGACCGCCAUCAGAGUUCUCCGUUUAGAGUUCCUGUUGCCAAGUUUUUGAACCGCUUUUCCGAAAACUGUAUCGAGUAUUUCACCGUGCACUUGAAAAACCGAAAACUUGGUAAUAUGCUAGCUUCUAUUGCAGGAAUGACUGGCUGCUCUGAAAUUCGCAAGGUCGCUAAACUUAAACUCAUUGAUAUUAUCGAAGAACUUAAAAGCGAGACUGAUGGAGAUAUAAAAGUGGUAAAAUUUUCUAAUAUCGUUGAUCUUUUGGUUUCAAUCACUGCGUGCGAGCCAGAAUGGUUAGAUUCGAAUAAGGGGAUACUAAUGACACUUUUUUCUCUAGUCGAUGACAUAUUCAGUAUCGAGCAUUCAUCUCCUUUAGUCUCUACGAACCAUUUUCAAACCGACCAAGCAAUCAAUAAGCUUGAUAAUCUUCUAAUUCAAUAUUUGAGAAGAAACAGUGAGGAGUAUGACUUGGUCUUUGAGAUUAUCGACCGACUUUUACUUCUUCAGAAAAAGAUGCCUUGUGAUUUUGAAGAUUUUCUUCUUGAAACAGUAGUUUGUUCUAAUGAAGUUAAACGUCGUGAUACUUACCUAGAAAAAUGCAUCUUCUUUAUCUCUGAAGCAUCUAAUUCUAUGAAAGCAAAGAUAUUUGUUUUAAAAAAGAUCUUCAAUUCUAUCUUGAUGUACGAAUCAAAGAAAAAUGGUAACAUUAAUGCGUUCUUUGAGUCUGAGCAUACUCCUAAAUGGUUAACAUUAAUUUGCGACAAUAUCUGGAAAUCUACCAAUGACAUAAUUACGGAUCAUACUUCGGGCACGAUGGAUAACUAUAGAUAUCAGUUGCUUGAGAUGACCGCCAUCCUUUUAAAAUUAGCACCUGAUUUCAUUAGCGACUUCCGCAAAGACAUCAUUAAGUUCAGUUGGAACUACAUCAAGCUUGAGGAUAACAUCACAAAACAGGUUGCCUAUGUUACUACCUCGUAUUUUAUAGCAGCUUAUGAUACACCAGAGAAGUUAGCUACGCAGGUAUUUGUUGCUCUAUUGCGCACGCAUCAGACCGAUUCAAGACAUCUAGUAAGACAAGCGCUUGAUAUCUUAGCGCCCAUUAUGCCAGAGAGGAUGGCUGAAGAUCCUCCUAUUAGCUGGUUGAAAUGGCCACGUCGUGUCAUUUCUGAGGAUGGUUUCAAUGUUACACAAGUAUUGAAUGUCUAUCAGUUUAUUGUUCAGCAUCCUGAUCUUUUCUUCAUUGCACGUGAGCAUUUCAUAUCGAAUAUAAUUACUGCCAUGGGGAAAUUGACUAUUUUAGCUAACCCGGCAGUAGAAAAUCAAGUUUUGGCGAUUGAAUUAGCCGAGCUCAUUUUAAAAUGGGAAACAAAGGCUAAAAUACUGUCUAAUGGUAACCAUGAGAAGGCCGAACUGGAAUCGAAGGUAGCUAAUAGUGAUUUCACCACGUCCUCGAGCUAUACGAUACCCUUUGGCCAAAAGGAAGCAUGUGUAACGUUCUUGAUAAGAUACGUUUGUAUUAGCCCACAGAGAGCUUCUGAAAGUGAGCUUGGUCAGAAGGCACUAGGCAUCUUACAUGACUUGUUGUCACCAAAAUUCUGGCCGGAGGUUUCUGUCAAAUUAACUUUUUUUGAAAAAUUCCUACUUUCUAAUGAUCUAAACUCGUCAAAUUUGCUUGGUUAUUGCUUGAAUGCCUUAGAAGUUUUGGGAGUCGUUUUGGAGUGGAAACAGCCUACUUGGAUUAUUACUAACCUAUCUUAUCUUCAUAAGUUACUUGAAAAGUGCAUCAAAUCAGACAACCAUGACAUUCAAGAGGUGUUGCAACGAGUCUUAACGAUAAUUCUUCAGGCAAUCAAUGAUCGUAAGGUUGACGAGCAGGAAGAGAAGGAUGAAGUCAAGGAAUUCGUCUCAUUACUUACAUCGACUGUCGCAGAGGAUUUAGGUGAUAUGCCGUCUGUUGCAGCUGGUGUUACGUUGUCCUAUACUUUGGCUAAUUACAUUCCAUCUGUAUUGGACCCUCUUAUGCCUCUGAUAAUGAGGACUUUUAGUAAGCUAUGUAAAGAUCAUAUUACGAUUACUCACCAAGGUUCCCAAUCGUCGUCCAAAGACAGCUCGAGUUCAGAAUUUGAAGCCAAGAUGACGACUAAGCUUUUAGAGAAGAUUCUCAACUUAUCAUCCAAAAGGAUCUCAACUCUUGGGGAUCAAAGGAGAAUUUUUCUCUCACUUUUGGCCCAAUUAAUUGAACGUUCAUUGGAUAAAGAGACCCUUGAAAAGAUUAUCAAGAUGGUGAAGGGUUGGGUUUUUUCCAGGACUGAUUUGUUUCCAACUACCAAAGAAAAGGCCGCAAUUUUAGCCAAGAUGAUGGUCUUUGAAGUGAGAGGCGAACCCUCGUUAUCGAAAGAAUUCUACCAGAUCCUAAUUGAUAUAUUUGAAGAUGACACUUUUAGCUGCACGGAAUUAACGGUCAGAAUGGAGCAACCAUUCUUAGUUGGAACUCGUUCUGCAGAUGUGACUAUUCGUAGAAAGUUAAUGUCCAUAUUAAACAACAGUUUAGAGAGUGACAUUAACAAAAGAUUAUAUUAUGUCAUCAGAGAACAAAAUUGGGAGCAUUUAGCAGACUACCCAUGGCUUAAUCAGGCCCUUCAAAUACUUUAUGGCUCCUUUGACUUAUCUUCAAAGAUUGAACUAAUAACUAGCGAAUAUCGCUUUUCACCUUUGACAGCAUUUCCUUACACACUGAACGAUAGAAUGGAAGUCGAUACUUCAACUGAAUCGUUGGAAAAAUUGCUCAAUUCUCAUAAUGAAUUCUUGGACAAGUUGUCAAUGAUUCGUGCAGCCGAUGUCAUCGAACCGCUUAUAGAUAUGUUUUACCAGAGCAGCGAAACAAUACAUCGAACAUGGGCUACAAUAUUUCCGGUUGCAGUAGAAUCAAUUCCUCGUUCUGAGCACCUUGAUUUAACUAGGUUCCUUGUGAUAUUGUUGUCUAAGGAUUAUCAUACACGACAGAUUGAUAAUCGGCCAAAUGUCAUUCAAUCUCUUUUGGAAGGUGUCGCACGUUGUGGAGACAUACAGCUUCCCCCUUUCGCGGUGGAAUGUCUAGCUUCCAAUUUUGAUGCUUGGUCUCAAGGGAUUCAAAUACUAGAAACUAUAGAACACUCGAUUGGAGGUAACGCAGAUGUUCUUGAGGUAACUCAAGAUGCCUUGGCAAAACUAUACGCAACCUUGAAAGAAGAUGAUAUGUUUUACGGUUUAUGGAGAAGACGAGCAAAGUAUUCGGAGACAGUAGUUGCUUUGUCUUAUGAACAAAUUGGUUUAUGGGAUAGAGCUCAACAGCUUUAUGAGACGGCCCAAAUCAAGGCUCGUAGUGGUGCCUUACCUUACGGAGAGUCCGAGUAUACACUAUGGGAAGAUCAUUGGAUAUUAUGUGCAGAAAAAUUACAGCAUUGGGAUAUUUUAACCGAGUUGGCAAAACAUGAAGGCUUCUCCGAUCUUCUUCUAGAGUGUGGAUGGAGGGUUGCAGAUUGGAAUACUGAUAGAGAAACUCUCGAUCAAACAAUAAGAAACGUUAUUGACGUUCCUACGCCUAGAAGACAAGUUUUUGAGACUUUUCUUUGUUUGCAAGGCUUUGGUCAAGAAAAAGAAACACUCCAAGAUCUUUCUAGACUAUGCGAUGAAGGGAUUCAGCUUGCAUUAAGAAAGUGGCAUGGCUUACCCCAGAGGUUUAAUAAUGCCCAUAUUCCACUCUUGCAUACGUUCCAACAAUAUGUCGAGUUCAUGGAAGCAAGUCAAGUUUAUGCAAGCUUGGUUUCAACUAAUGCUCAAAAUCUAGACGUUAAAUCACAAGAGUUAAAACGAGUCUUGCAAGUAUGGAGAGAAAGGUUACCAAAUGUAUGGGAUGAUAUCAAUAUAUGGGAUGACUUGGUAACUUGGCGUCAGCAUGCAUUCCAAGUUAUCAAUAAAGUUUACAUGCCAUUUAUUCCAAUCUUGCAGUCGAAUUCUGGAGGAAAUGCCAACUCAUAUGCAUAUCGUGGGUUUCAUGAGAUAGCAUGGGUUAUUAACAGAUUUGCGCAUGUCGCUCGUAAGCAUGGUAUGUCUGAUGUCUGUAUUAACCAGCUUACAAAGAUAUAUCAGCUUCCAAACAUCGAAAUACAAGAAGCAUUUUUGAAACUUAAGGAGCAAGUCAAAUGCCACUAUCAAAAUCCGAAUGAACUUAAUACUGGCUUGGAUGUUAUUAGCAAUACGAAUUUGGUUUACUUUGCAACUCAACAAAAAGCGGAAUUCUUUACGCUUAAAGGAAUGUUUUUAAACAAAUUAAAUCAAAAGGAUGAAGCAAAUAAAGCAUUUGCAACGUCUGUUCAAAUUGAUUUGAAUUUACCAAAGGCUUGGGCAGAAUGGGGUAUGUUUAAUGACCGCCGCUUUAAAGAAAAUACAAAUGACAUGGUUUAUGCAAAUAAUGCUAUCAGUUGUUAUUUACAAGCUGCUAGUCUUUAUAAAAAUGGUAAAACGCGAAGGUUAUUGGCAAGAAUACUUUGGUUAAUUAGUUUGGAUGACUCCACUGGUACUGUUAGUCAGGCAUUUGAAAAUUUUAGGGGCGAAGUACCUGUAUGGUAUUGGAUUACGUUCAUUCCUCAGUUAUUAUCUUCGCUUUCUCGUAGAGAAGCUCGUUUGGUUAGACAGGUCCUUAUUCGUAUUGCUAAAAGCUAUCCUCAGGCUUUGCAUUUUCAAUUAAGAACAACUAAAGAGGAUUUUGCAGCUAAGAAACGUCAAGCUGCUGAAUUAUCCAGAAAUAAAACGCAAGAAAAUGGUCAUCUGAAUACCUCUGGAACGGCUUCAACGGCUUUAUCACCAGCUUCCAAUUCUGCUACGUCUGUUAAUGCAGACUCAAAGGCUGAAUCGAAUACUGAUCAGGACCCAUCAGUGAAUACUACCGACGAUUUGCAAAAUUCUCCCCUGUCGGCGAAGUCUUCAAUUCAGUUGCAAGCUAGUGAUAAUACCCUGGAACAAACUGCAGAAAAAUCAAACACACAGCAAAGCAAUACAUCAAAACUGACAUCUCAAAAUAAUGGUGCACGUCAAGCCUGGGAGCAUGUCGAAGAAAUCAUGGGCAUUCUUAAAACGGCUUAUCCACUCUUGGCUCUAUCUUUAGAGUCACUUGUUGAUCAAAUCAACCAAAGGUUCAAGUGUACUGCAGACGAAGAUGCAUAUCGUCUUGGUGUCGCUUUGCUUAAUGAUGGCAUACAGUAUGUUAAUCGCUUAGGAAAUCCCAGGGAUGAUGCAAAGUUACCACCAGUUACCGAGGCAAAUAUAACGAGGUUUGCUGAAACAGUUCUUCCAAAGCAGAUAAGAGCUGAAUUCGAAAAAGACCUCGUUGUUGAAAAACCAAAUUUGGAGACUUACAUAAUAAAGCUACGAAAAUGGAGGGAUCGUUUAGAGGAUAAGCUUGACAGAAGGAUACCUCAUGUCAACUUGGAAAAUCUUUGUCCUCAUUUAAGUGAAUUCCAUCAUCAAAAAUUUGAAGAGAUUGAAGUACCAGGGCAGUAUUUGUUGAAUAAGGAUAGUAAUACCCAUUUUGUCAAGAUAGAAAGAUUUUUGCCUACGAUUGAUUUAGUGCGCGGCACCAAUGCUUGCUAUAAAAGAUUAAAAAUCCGGGGACAUGAUGGAUCUCUCCAUCCAUUCUCUGUUCAAUUUCCUGCAGCUCGUCAUUGUCGACGGGAGGAGCUAUUAUUCCAACUUUUCCGUAUAUUUGGAGAUACACUUUCCCAAAAAGUAGAAACUCGUCGCCGGAAUGUCCAAUUCACCAUUCCAAUUGCGGUGCCUUUAUCGCCACAUAUCAGAAUAAUCAACGAUGAUUCGAGAGACAUAACAAUGCAACGAAUUUAUGAAGACUUUUGCCGUCAGAAUGGAAAAAGUCGUGAUGAGCCAUUCAUUUAUACCAUUGAAAAAUUAAGGGCUGCAUUUGACCCCAGGUUACCGAAACCGGAUACAAUGAGUAUCCGCGUUGAAGUCUUGAGUGCAAUACAAGCCUUAUUAGUCCCAUCAACAGUUAUGAAAAAUUAUUUCAUUGACUUAUAUCCACAGUUUGAGGAUUUCUGGUUGUUCCGUAAACAAUUUACCUCGCAGUAUGCAUCAUUCAUUUUUGCAACUUAUAUGAUGUGCGUUAACACGAGACAGCCUCAGAAGAUACAUGUAAAUAAGGGAUCAGGUAGUAUUUGGACAUCUGAUAUGUUGCCUUGUAAGGUAGCAAGCAGGAAUGCUUCGUUAGAUGGAUCUCUGGGAGGUAGGCCAGCACCAUUGUUUUAUAAUGCUGAGAAGGUGCCUUUCCGUUUAACUCCAAACAUUCAAAAAUUGAUAGGUGAGACUGCGUUAGAGGGAAUCUUGUCGACAUACGUCUUGGUAAUAGCUAGAGCUUUGAUUGAACCCGAAUCUGAUUUGGAGCCAUACUUAUCUCUUUUCGUUCGUGACGAGACAAUAUCUUGGUUCUCACAACAAGAUCCGCCGCGUGCUUUUCCUCAAGAUAAGCAGUUCAGGGACAUAGUACGCAUGAAUGUGGAUCUCAUCAUCAAAAGAGUUCACUCUAUGGGUCAUAUUUCUUCAGGUUCAACUAUAACGACGCAAAAUGUAUUGGAACUUAUUUCUCAAGCAGUCAAUCCUCGUAAUCUAGCGGCUGCAGAUACCCUAUGGAUGGCUUAUUUCUGA